GUGCUCGGAGAACCAUGGCAUGGUGAAGUGUGUCUCUUGUGAGGCUGGGACCUUCAUGAAGCAUCCCAACGGCCGGAACUCCUGCCUCAAGUGCUCACAGUGCGGGGCUGACCAGGAGACGGUAGCUGCAUGCAACCAGACGGCCGACCAGCAGUGCCAGUGCAGGAGCGGGUACUUCUGCCCCCAGGAUGAGCACUGUCCAGAGCACUGUUUCCGGUGUAGCAGUUGCCCUCAUGGUAUUCUUCGACCGUGCAAUGCCACAGAGGACUCGGUGUGUGCGUCAACCCCUCCGCAGCCUGGCUCUCACUACACUCUGGGACUCCCAACUUGGGCCAUGGUGGUUACCUCCAUCAUCUGCGUCUUCUUCCUUGCUUGUUACCUUGUUAAGAGAUUCAGAAGCAGCAGCGAGGCUGAUUAUCCAGAACCACAUGGAGGACCCUGGGGAGCCUGGAGGACUGACGUGGAGCCAGCGUCCUGAAGACUGUAACCAUGCCUUUAUUGUGGAAGAGUUGGCUUAGUGGGAUUCUUGGCAAAAGAAGCUCCACAGAGGCCAACAGUCCUCUACUCUGGAGGCCGAGAUCUGAGGAUCCUGGCUCAA